GUCAAAGACUUCAGGAAAGAAAUUGAGAAUUUUCGGGCCAAUUUUUCCAUAUUGAAGGACAGAUUGUUGAAAUCUUCCAUUUGAGCUUUCUCUUGAAACAAAGAAACAUCAGCCCAUAGUGACGUUUUGGAUUUACAUAUGUCUUAGAGCCUAUUAGGUUUGUCUGUCCAGUCCAAAACGAUGGCGGCUGAAGGUGAGGAAUCAAAGAUGGCAAAAGUCGGAGAAAUUUCUGCUCAAUUGAGAAUUCUCGGUGAUGCACUUGAUAAUGAUCCCGAGUUGAAUAGAUUAAUCAGCAGCCUUGCACGUGAAUCAUAUGUUGGGAGACAUUAUGCUUCGUUUACAGACUUAAUCAGGCAGUUUGUGAUGCUGGUUGCGCAAAGGGCAAACGUACCUGCAAGUAUGGUAGAGAAUGUUAUAAGAAUCUUCCUUUUUAUGUGGGGAAAUCAGGAAAUAAGUGGUAGAGUCUUGCAAGAAUUAUAUCCGGGAACAUCUGUGGACAUUCCUGAAACACCAAUGGAAGAACCAGCUGAAAUGUCAGUGGAUAUUCCAGAAGAAGUGAAGCUUAUGGAUGAUGAAUUUAUACAUCUGUACCACGAGGUUUUAAAAACUGGUCAACAAAAUAUCAGAAAUAUAAGACUGAUGGUGGUUGGAAUGUUUGGUGUAGGUAAAACAUCGCUUGUAGAAAACCUUGUAGAGAAAGCAGAUAGCAGCCAAAAGAGAAUAGUUGAAAGCACAGUAGGAAUUGAUGUGACACAUUGUGACAUAACAGAUGGUAAAUGGGUUGAAAAUCUUUUUGAUACUGAUGCAAGUGAAAAGUUCCUGGAAGUCAUGUCAACAUCUGGUUUGUCUGAUAUUUCAGUUGAUAACGUUGAUGCUGGUAGGGGAACAUUUACAAACGAUAGAAAGGAGAAUCAAAACAUUCAUAGUGGUGUUGCAGAUAAAGAAACAGUUAUAAUAAACGAUAGAAAGAGUGAGUUCAACAGAUCUUCAGGAGUAGAAGAGGGAAAUAAAAGUCACGGAAUAUCACCAAGCCCACAAGAACAUGACAGCAGUUUUGAAGAGUUUAAAAAGAGACUUUCAGAUAUGAUGACCAGAGAGGAUGACCCUCAUGUAAGAUCAAGCAUCAGAGCUUUAUUGAACUCGGCAAAUGAACUGCACCAGCCACUUAAUCCUACUGUGUCAAUUUGGGAUUUUGCAGGACAGUAUAUCUACUAUUCUACUCAUCAUUUUUUUCUAAAUUCUAGAUCUGUUUAUCUUUUGUUGAUGAAUAUUAGUAAACCACUCGGCAGUUUGGUGCAGGAAACAUCAGACUUCCCGCUUUCAGGCUUCCUUCACAAGGAAUUUACCUGUCUCGAAGCAUUUAAGUUUUGGUUGAACUCCAUCCAUAUGUAUAACACGCAACAGGUUCAGCAAGAUGUUAAACCGUCAGUGAUUCUAGUAGGAACACAUAAGGAUUGUCUAUCUGGGAGUGAAGAAGAAAAGGAAAAACAGAAAGAAGACUAUUUCAACGAGGCUUUGAAGUCAUUUAUUGGAUCUCCAGUACUCGAACAUGUUCAUCGUAAAAAGUUUCUCAUUAACAAUUUAAACAAAGAUGAAGAUUUCGAAAAAAUCAGAGAGGAAGUGUUGAACUUGGCCAAGAGGCAAAAUUAUUGGGGUGAGGCUCGGCCAGCUAAGUGGAUAUCUCUAGAGAGAACAUUUCAGGGACUGAAAUCAGAGGGGAAAGAAAUAAUCACAUUUGAUGAGGUUAAAGAUGCUAAUGGAAAAAAUGAAAUUCCAAUAGAGAGUGAAGAAGAGCUUAGGUUUUUUCUACAGUUUCAGCAUUCCCUUGGCAAUAUUCUCUAUUAUGAAACAGAAUUGCUCCAGAACUAUGUAAUCUUGUCUCCACAGUGGAUAAUUGAUGCAUUUAGAUGUUUUGUAUCACAUGUUCAAGACAAAGAUCCCAAGCAGUUGAUGUUAUGGGUAAAUUACGAGAAGAAAGCAAUUCUAACACCAGAACUAAUAGAUGAAAUCAUUGACAAUAAGGAGAAAAACAAAUGUUUCAGAGAUUAUAAAAAGCAAAUUAUUGAGUACAUGGAACAUUUAGAUAUGAUUGCCAAACCAGCGGAUACUGUCAUACAUGGCUCUGGAAAAACCAAACGUUUAGAAUAUAGCAAUCAAGAUCAGAAAGUUGGCCGGUCGCUUUCUGAAGUUGAUUUAGAAACAGACUUUGUCAACCCUCUAUCCACAUCAGAUAGUUCUGAAGUCUUGUCUCCAUUCACUCAGGCAAACGGGGUUCCAUUGUCACAUGGCACAAACAAGUUGAGUGGUCCACAAGCAGGUUUAUUUGACCGGGACAAGAAUACAUCUGCAGCUCCAGCACCUGCAAGUUUCUACAUUGUUCCAUCGUUGUUGAAAUCAAGACCUCCGAAGAGUGAGAUAUCUGAGCUCAUCAAUCCAUCAUGUAACGAGAAAACAUCAAUACUAUGCAUGAAGUUUAGAGAUGGAUUUAUGCCACCAUCAGUGUUCCAUAGAAUGUUAGCAGUGUGCAUUAGAAAAUGGGAAAUAGUGGAACAAAAGGGGCAGUAUCUAUUGUUCAAUGGUUUUGCAGCGUUUUAUGUUUCAGAUACAUCCACACUUACUGUCUGGUUCCAUGACAACAUCAUUUAUGCCAGGGUUUCUUUUUAUGAAAAGGUAGAAAAGUCACUAGAUCUAGCACAGAAAAUAAGGGAAUUUCUUGUACAAAGUUUGACUGAAAUUCUUAGAAUAUUACCAAAGGAAAGCAGAAUUCUUGAGAUAAUGCCAUUCGACGAAUUCAUACAAUGCUCCUGUGUUACCGGUUUUCAACCAGAUGUAGGGUUGUUGAGAAUGAGAGAUUUUCUAUAUAACGAUGCAAUAAUGUGCAAACAUGAAAUACAUUCUGCCAGAAAACAUGAAAGCAUUGGUCUGUGGUGUUACAAGUCCAUUCAAAAACAGCUGACCACAUCUGUACCAGACGUUGUAUUACAAAGACGGCCAACAGUAAAAGAGCUAGGACGAGUCACGGGGGCGAUCGGAAAUGAGUAUUUCCGACUUGGGAUAGAAUUAGGUUUGUCUAGUGCCUCAUUACAGCAGAUCAGAGAUGCAGACAGGUUUCACCUUCCAACUAGAGUUUACCACAUGUUAUAUACAUGUUCAUUACAUGGACAGAAUGUCUACAGCCAAGAGUUAACAGUUAAACACUUGCGAAAUGCAAUGAUUGCAGUAGAGUCAGAUAUUGAAAAGUUUGACUGUGUGUUUAGUGGGGCUCUGGGCAAAGAAAUAAAAUUAGAAAAACGUGAAGGAGUAGAUUUCAGUAAAAAACCAACAACUGCAGAGCUUGCUUUGCUUGCUGAUGGUAUUGGGGACGAGUACUGGCUGCUGGGAAUUGAACUUGAAAUACCAGAAACAACAAUGCAGCAUCUUAGAAAUGACAAUAUAAACAUGGCAUCUCGAGUGUAUAAUAUGCUACUUAAAUGGAACAAGGGUGAUAGAAACAUACAAGAACUAGGAAAGGCAAUGGUUCUGGUUGGGGCAGAUCUUGAAAGUUUCUAUAAAGUUUUCUCAAAUGUACAGACUUGAGAAAAUAGUUUGUUCGUGUAGGUGUGCGUUACAAAACAGAGAGUGCCAGUGGUAACAUUAGAAGAUACAUGUUUUAAGUGUGGUUGUCAGUUACGUUUAGAGAGCAAACCAUUCCUGGUCUAGAAACUACUUACACCAGUUAGGUUUACAGACAAGCAUUAUGUAAUUGAAAAAGUUUAGAAAAUAUUAUAUAAAUUUCUGUCAAACCAGAAAAACAGAUCUCAACAAGUUUGAGGCUAACUGUUUAAAGAAAGAAAAGUUCAUUUAUUACGGUGAUGUCAGUUGGUUUUAUGUUUGCCCCUGAAGCCAAGACUGACUGCAUAUUUAUCCAAAAAAGUAUUGUGUUUAUGUGCAAAAUGUACUGUAUGCUGUUUUACCAUAUUAUGGUUGUGGACCUGUAAUAAUAAUCAGCAAUUUUGGUUUGUGAACAAUUUUCUGUUAUGGCCGAAGGAUGCUGAAAUCAAAUACGGAGGAUACGUAAUUGCACGGAAAUUGCCGAUUGCCAUUUUGGGUCCACUACCUUAAUCUAUCUGUAUGUUCUCAAAAACAUGUAUGUCUCAUAUAUAACUAUGAUUGAAGUGUUUUGAGUGAAACUUCAAAAUUUCUAUGCAUAUGUGUCUUGCGAAUAGUCAGCUCCAUAGACUAUUCGGUUGACUGUACCUCCAAGGUCAAGGCCACAGGCCAUGGCAUGUUAACUUUUUUUGCACAAUCAUAUAUAGUAUUUCGUGUCGCAACAAUAACUACUAAAAGUAUUAAGGGAAUUCAAUGAAGCUUCACAGGAAUGUUAAGCAUAAUGCGAAGGUGAAGAAGGUGUGUCAUGCACAAGAGGUAGAUCUAUAUCGCCAAGUUCUAGGGUACAGCUAGACAAGGACAGUUACAGAUAGUAUUUAGUGUCUCAGCCAUAAGCAUAUUAGUAUUCCAAUGAUCCAAAUGUUAAGCAUAAUGAAAGAUGUGUCACAUACAAGAGUCUGGUCUGUGCCUGUAAGGUCAUGGCCACAAACAAGGGCAUUAGCAAUUUUAUGCACAUUCUGAUGUAGCAUUUUGUGUCACGGACAUAACUUUUGAACAGUUCAGGUGAUUCUAAUACAUUUUAUCACAAGUGUUGGGAAUAUUUGUCGCUCACAAAAGUUUUCAUAUUAUGUUGAUAAAUGACGUUUGAUACUCAAGAGAAUUUUUCAUAUGUUUGCAAAACCUAUAGCUUAAGGCGAGCCCCUUGGAAAUGUAUCAUUCAAAGCAGCUAGUUGCAAAACCAUAUCCAGUUAUUAGACAGUAUUUAAUUUUAAAAUUGAAUUUGUGCCAUUUGUGUUUCUUAAACAAAGUUCUUACUUUUCCCUGGUAUGCAUUGUCAAUAAUAAAUUAUUCCAUUAAACUUUUGAAACUACUUCAAGUUAUAAUUCGCAAUAUUGGUUCUGUAGGCAUAUUAAACGAAGUAUUUGACUUUUGACUAUGAAAGAUUAAAUAAUACUUCUUUAAUUACAAAAGUAGUUUCAAAAGCUUACCUAGCACGAUUGUUGAUUUAUUUUAUUAAAACUUUGUAGAAAAUUGAUUAAUUGAUUACUUGAUUACUAGUUGUCAGGCAUUUUGUAGAAUAUUUAAAAAAAAGUACUUCAGUUUCCAUGUAUUGCAAAUAGACCUCUAGCUAUUGAAAUAUCCCAGUUAAAAUUAGAUUGGUGAAUGAAGAACUUAUCUGACCCUGAAAUUGUUGUGGUUACUAUGCAUUAAUAUGUUUUGAUGUCUGUUAUAAUAAAGAUGCAACAUAUGUAUAAAAAUAAGAUAUGCAUUUAUAUAAAAAGACAGUCUUGUAUGAACUGAGAAAGUUGAUUUUCAACACUUGAAUACAAAUGCAAUGAAUUAAUACCAACUGUUCAGUAAUACAUGUAGUUCUUGUUUCUAUGAACAUGUAUAAUGUAUAUGCAUCAGUAUUGCCAAAUAAGAUAAAUUUCAUGUAUAAUGGUGUAAUUAUUUGAUCUCUAAUACUAUAUCUGUAUAGCAUUUUGUAUGCACAAUUAUAGAUACUUGUAUUGAUAUGUACAUUUUGUUAAUUUACAUUUCCAGAGUGAAAUAAAGAAUGCUCAGCUUAAAAAGCAAAUUUAUUGUUUUGUAUGCUUUUAUGGACAUAACUUUUGAACAGUUCAGGUGAUUCUAAUACAUUUUAUCACAAGUGUUGGGAAUAUUUGUCGCUCACAAAAGUUUUCAUAUUAUGUUGAUAAAUGACGUUUGAUACUCAAGAGAAUUUUUCAUAUAUUUGCAAAACCUAUAACUUAAGGCGAGCCCCUUUGAAAUGUAUCAUUCAAAGCAGCUAGUUGCAAAAUCAUAUCCAGUUAUUAGACAUUAGUAUUUAAUUUUAAAAUUGAAUUUGUGCCAUUUGUAUUUCUUAAGCAAAGUUCUUACUUUUCCCUGGUAUGCAUUGUCAAUAAUAAAUUAUUCCAUUAAACUUUUGAAACUACUUUAAGUUAUAAUUCGCAAUAUUGGUUCUGUAGGCAUAUUAAACGAAGUAUUUGACUUUUGACUAUGAAAGAUUAAAUAAUACUUCUUUAAUUACAAAAGUAGUUUAAAAAGCUUACCUAGCACGAUUGUUGAUUAAUUUUAUUAAAACUGUUAAAGAUUAAAUAGUACUUCAUUAAUUACAAAAGUAGUUUAAAAAGCUUACCUAGCAUGAUUGUUGAUUUAUUUUAUUAAAACUGUUUAGAAAAUUAAUUAAUUACUUGAUGACUAGUUUUCAGGCAUUUUGUAGAAUAUUAAAAAAAGUAUUUCACUUUCCAUGUAUUGCAAAUAGACCUACCUCUCUAGCUAUUGAAAUAUCCCAGUUAAAAUUAGAUUGGUGAAUGAAGAACUUAUCUGACCCUGAAAUUGUUGUGGUUACUAUGCAUUAAUAUGUUUUGAUGUCUGUUAAAAUAAAGAUGCAACAUAUGUAUAAAAAUAAGAUAUGCAUGUAUAUAAAAAGACAGUCUUGUAUGAACUGAGAAAGUUGAUUUUCAACACUUGAAUACAAAUGCAAUGAAUUAUUACCAAAUGUUCAAUAAUACAUGUAGUUCUUGUUUCUAUGAACAUGUAUAAUGUAUAUGCAUCAGUUCUGCCAAAUAAGAUAAAUUUCAUGUAUAGUGGUGUAAUUAUUUGAUCUCUAAUACUAUGUCUGUAUAGCAUUUUGUUAAUUUGUAUGCACAAUCAUAGAUACUUGUAUUGAUAUGUACAUUUUGUUAAUUUACAUUUCCAGAGUGAACUAAAGAAUGCUCAGCUUAAAAAGCAAAUUUAUUGUUUUGUAUGCUUUUAUUAGAUAUUUUCACAAAGUGCUUUGUAACAUUUUAAUCAGGUAUAAGAUACCAAAGUUGUUGCAUUAUAUUUACAGAUCCUUCUUUCUUCUUAUAAAGUUGAUAAUGGUGGCAUUAAAUGCAAAAUGAAUUUC